UGGUCAUAUUUGACUUCAGAUAGCGCAACAUCGCUGGAAUAGGCAAGGACACAGCCAAAGGAAAACGGUCUGUGUAAGUUGCCAAGUCUUUCGUUCGGGGCGGUUUAGUGUGAAACGCGUACUGCCCCGAGAAAAAUGGCUUCUCGCGAUAUUUUGCAAUGGACGGUUCUCAUGGCUGUAGCAAUUUCCUUUGCAUGUGGUGCGCAGUUUGGUCAGGGCACGGAUAUAGCUGAAGGAGGAUUUACAAAAGAGGGCUCAUGUCCAUAUGUUGACAAUCAAGAUGAAUGCCCUUUUCAGACAAAGCUAGAUUUUAGAUGCCUUAGAGAUUCUGACUGUGAAGGUGAACUGAAGUGCUGUCCUCAAGAUUGCAAACUGCAAUGUGUUUCUCCUGUUAAAAGUGAUAAAGGUGCCAACACACCAAAGUGUGUGGUCCCAGUUGAUCUUGCCUUCCUUAUUGAUGCCUCUGGUAGUAUACCAGUUGAAAGUUUUGGUGAAAUUCAGAAUUUUGUGAAAAAAGUUGUUGAUGCAUUUGAAAUAAGCGAAAGUGGAACACAUGUUUCUGCAAUCUGGUACUCAGAUGAAGCUCAAGUGGCCUUCAACUUCAACACCCUCAAAGGUGGCAACGUUACAAAGGAGAAUGUUUUCAAGCUCAUUGACUCAAUCCCAAAAACUGAUGGUAAAACAAGAAUUGACAUGGCUUUGAGGCUAGCAGCCAGUGAUGUAUUUAGUGAAAAAGGAGGUACUAGACCAGGAAAGCCUAAGAUACUCCUGGUUAUGACUGAUGGGAAACAAACACGGGAGCCUGAUGUAUCUGAUGCAGAAGAUCUACAUGAUGCAUCAAAGCCUCUGAAAGAAAGGGGUGUGCAGGUCUACUCUCUUGGAAUGGGACAGGAUUAUGACAUGGGUGAAUUGCUUGAUAUUGCCUCUGAUGAUGCAAGUGUAUUCAGGGGUGGUCAGAUAGAUGAAUUAGCAUCAGCUGUUACAAGAAUUACAGAACAGACCUGUAAAGGAUGCACACAAGAUGUGGACAUACAUUUUGCAAUUGAUUCCUCAAAUAAGUUCUCUGCCCAAGAUUUUGAUCUAUUGAGGAAUUUUUUAAAAGCCACAAUUGAUACCUUUGUGGUCUCUGGACGUGGGACACAUUUUUCUGCUUCGGUUUUUGGAGAUGACCCAAAAAUGCACUUCAAUUUCCACAGUGGUUCUUCCAAGGAGGAUGUGUUUACUGGUAUUGAAAAACUACCUCAUCUUCAGGAAGGAGAGUCAAAUAUGGACAAGGCUGCUAGAUUGGCAUCUACAGAGGCAUUUUCACUGAGAGGGGGUACAAGGCAAGGUUCUCCAAAGGUUUUUAUUUUAAUAACUGCUGGUAAUUGUGCAAGUUGCAAGGAAAGGCUAGUAGAUGCAGUGCAACCUCUUUUAAAUGAUGGUGUACAGAUUUUGACUAUUGGCAUAGGCAAUAAAGUGAACAAAAGAGAGGUUAUAGAAAUCUCUUCACAGCCACAGGACAAGAAUGUGUAUUUCGUCAACUCUGUAGAGCAGCUGCUAAAUUCAACCAUUAUACAAAGUAUCUCAAGUGCAGCUUGCCAAGGUCAUUCUGGUGUAUGUCCAGUUGUAAAAAGACCAUCCUCUUGCCCACCUGAAAUUUCUUACAAAUGUGAAUCAGAUAUGGACUGUAAAGAAGAUGAAAAGUGCUGCUUUGAUCAGUGUGGAAAAGCUUGUGUUAAAAAGAAUUUAGGUUGUUUAAAGCCACUGGAUAUUGCUUUUGCAAUAGAUGUUUCAUCGCGAAUAAGUCCUGUUGAUUUUCGUCUUCUGAAGGAAGGAGCAGUUAAAAUGAUUGACAACUUCAAAAUUGGUGAAUCAAAUAGCCAUGUUGGGUUACUCACAUUUUCUUCAGCUGUUAGGGUUGUCUUCAAUUUUGCACGGACUUACAGUAAUGAGAAAAUCAAAAGUCAAGUAAACAACCUUGUUCAGGAUUCAUCCACAGAAAGCAACAUAGAAUCUGCCUUGACUACUGCAAAACUUGAUCUUUUCAGUUUGAAAGGUAGAUCAAGAAGAGGUGUUCCAAAUGUUCUUGUCCUAAUAACUAAAAGCCCAUUGGUAUUCAAAGAAUCAGAUACAUUUCUAAAGGCUGCGGAUCAACUGAAAUCUGCCCUUGGUGGUGUUGAAUUGAUCAAUAUUGUUAUAGGACAGAAAGCUGGAUCUAACUAUGAAAUCCUAGAAAAAGCUUCAUCUCUGUCUGAGUCAACUGGCAAAAGUAAAUAUUUCCACUUCGAAAGAACUAGUGACUUUGUGAAAAACGCCAAUCUGCUGAGUAUUUCAUCACAAGCUUGCUCAGCAUCAUUUUUAAACAAGUGCCCAGUUGACUUGAAGGUGAAUGUUUGUAUUCAGAAGGAUCAUGAAUGUGAUCAAGAUUUUGACUGUCCUGGAUUCUAUAAAUGCUGUGGUAGUUCUUGUAAGAGGAGACUGUGUGUUGCAGCGCCAACUGUGUGUCCAGACAAAGUUGACUUAAUGCUCAUCCUUGACGAUUCUGCAAAAGUUGGUGAAAAGAAUUUCUUGAAGGUUCGAAAUUUUGCUAAAGUUCUGCUGCCAUUGUUUAAAGUGAAAGGUGACGGCACACAAGUUGCUGCAAUGACAUACAGUGACAGAGCUAAAAUGGCCUUUGGUUUCGACUUUAUGAAGGGCAAAACUGAGAAAGAUGUUUUGGACACAAUUGACUCUAUACCAUACACAGGUGGAAGCACAUCAAGAUUAGAUAAAGCAUUGGACCUUGCAACUACAAACUUGCUCUUAGAACGUCAAAAAAGAAGUAAUGCCAAGCAGACCAUAAUCCUGUUUACUGAUGGAAACACAGAUGUCAAGUCAAAUCGAUUAGAUCUAGCAUCAUGGCCACUUAGAGCUAGCAAAGUUCGAAUAAUUGCUGUUAGCGUAGGAGACAGUAUUAAUGAGAAACAAAUGGGAAAUGUUGUCAGUUUGCCUGUCUCUGAUAAUGUCUUCCUUGCCUCUAAUUAUGAUGAUAUUCGGAUGAGCAUAAGCGAGAUUACCGACAUGUCUUGCCAAGCAGCUCAAGAUACCCCAAAACCACCCAUUAAGUAUGAAAAAGGCCCCGCUGGAGAUGAAGGACCAAAAGGAGAUCCAGGCCCACCAGGACCACCUGGAGACAAAGGCCCAAAAGGACCAAUUGGUGGAACGGGAUUGAGAGGUGAUAAUGGAAUUCCAGGUGUCAAAGGCCAACCAGGUGAAGCAGGACCGCCUGGACCCCCAGGGGGCAUUACAAAAGGACCUGAUUCACUGUACAGAGCUGUAGGAAUCCUAGUGAGUGACUCUGGUGUGAACCCUCAAUUUGAUUACCAGCCCGGUGCAGAGGGGCCCCAAGGACCACCUGGAAAGGCUGGUGAAGUUGGUUUGACGGGAGACAAAGGCCCUAGUGGUGAUGCAGGCCCAAAAGGCGAGGUUGGGCGAGUGGGGCCUUAUGGACCACAAGGUCCUCGUGGUAAGGAUGGCGCUGAUGGGAAUCGGGGUCCAGCUGGAGGCCCUGGAGACAAAGGCCCUACUGGUCCCCAAGGGCCAGUUGGAAUUCCUGGAAAAGUCGGGCCACAAGGUCCAUUUGGAUGGAAAGGAGUCAGAGGUGCUGAAGGCGGUUCUGGUGAUGCUGGCACUAAGGGAGCUUCUGGUUUGAAGGGGUACCCUGGUGAGAAAGGUGCACAAGGAGAAGUUGGCUCCGUGGGAGCAGCCGGAGCAUCUGGAGAAGAUGGCCCCAUAGGACCACAAGGUGCUAGGGGACCACGUGGAAAGCAAGGCUCAGCUGGAAAGCAAGGAGACGGAGGUGAAGAGGGAUUCAUGGGUUCAACUGGUUUGCCAGGUUUGGCUGGAAAUAAGGGCUCUGCAGGUGCACCAGGUGCUCGCGGACAACCGGGAGCCAAAGGAGAACUAGGUUUAUCUGGACCUGAAGGCGCAAGGGGGUUGCCUGGACCUGCAGGAAUCUCUGGCAAAGAAGGGGUGUCAGGUGCUAAAGGAACGUCGGGCUCUGUUGGACCAUCUGGAGCACAAGGACUGCCUGGACCCGAAGGAGCUCAGGGGCCACAAGGACGUCAAGGGUUAAUUGGAUCCGAGGGACCAAAGGGUGAAAGUGGACAGCGUGGUGGUCGUGGUGCUGGAGGGCCCAAAGGAGAAGAGGGAGAGCCUGGACUCCGUGGAGCACCAGGACCCCAAGGUGCAGAUGGACCACUGGGUGCAACUGGUGCAGCAGGUCAAAGAGGACGAGCAGGACCAGCCGGCGAAAGCGGUCAACGAGGCAGAAAUGGAGAUCCCGGUCGCAAUGGUGCACAAGGAAUCAAAGGAGAGCCAGGAGAGAUGGGCAAUGUUGGAAGAGCAGGACAGAAAGGAGCAAGGGGCUUGCCAGGUCGCAUUGGUGAUCAAGGUGAAGCUGGACCACUUGGCCAGGCCGGAGCACCAGGCCAACCAGGGAAAGAUGGAAAACAAGGAGCAUCAGGUCCUAAUGGUAAAGAUGGAAGCAACGGAUCUCCUGGAGCUGAGGGUCAACAAGGUUUUCCAGGCCCUGUAGGCCCUCCUGGCGCAGUUGGAGACGCGGGACAAAAAGGAAAGCGUGGAGCUGAUGGCAAGGCUGGCAGGAAAGGUGUAACAGGAGAAUCUGGUCCAAUGGGCGAGACCGGCGUGCAAGGACCCCAAGGAGAAACGGGAUUGGCAGGUGAAUCUGGUCAACAAGGAGCUCCAGGAAUCGCAGGAUUGCAGGGUCCACCAGGUCCAACUGGCCCAGAGGGAAGUGCAGGAAAGGACGGCGCAAAGGGACCAAAAGGUAGUCCUGGUAAAGAUGGCCCACCAGGUCCACAAGGAGAAAGAGGAGAGAGCGGAUUGCCUGGACCCACUGGUCUCACGGGAAGGCAAGGCAGGCCCGGCGAGGAAGGAGAUGCUGGAGAACCAGGAGCUCGGGGAGACAGAGGACCUGAUGGACGUUCAGGUGCACCUGGUGCCCAGGGCUCGCCUGGACCCUCUGGACAACGUGGCCUUUCAGGAAGACGUGGCUCCAAAGGACCAAAUGGAAUCAGAGGACCUAAAGGUGCACAGGGAAGCAAUGGGCUGCCUGGAUCACCAGGUAUGCAAGGAAUGACUGGAAGACCCGGCUCAUCUGGACCAAGAGGAGAAAGGGGUGCUGAUGGACCAAGUGGUGCUCCAGGCCUCGACGGAAUCGCUGGACUGCCUGGGCAAACGGGGCCACAAGGUCUUCCAGGAAGAAACGGAGGUCAAGGCUUGCCAGGACCAUCAGGUCCACCUGGUGACAGGGGAAGAAAAGGUGGAAGAGGUGACCAGGGAGAAAAAGGAGAGGCAGGGCGACUAGGUUCCCCUGGGGCAGCAGGUCCAAUUGGGAAUGCUGGCGAAAAAGGAAGGCGUGGAGCAAUUGGAGAGAUAGGAGAAAUUGGAGAGCAAGGACCCAAAGGACCCCAAGGACCUUCUGGACCACCAGGUCCAACGGGACCAUCAGGACCUCCUGGACCUACUGGGCCCUCAGGCAAGGAUGGUAAACGGGGACCACGCGGAGACACUGGAGAACCUGGUGACAGAGGGCCACAGGGAACUGAGGGUGCUGCUGGAAAGGAUGGCAAACCUGGAAACCCCGGAGUUCCUGGAAAAGCUGGUGCCGUUGGAGCAGCAGGACCAAGAGGGCCAGCAGGCAACAGAGGACCUGCGGGUAUGGCAGGUCUCCCAGGCUUGACAGGACAGGGAGGACCAGUUGGUGCUAAGGGCUACCCAGGCCUUAACGGUAGAGAUGGAAGCAAUGGUAAAGAGGGACCACAAGGCAGAACUGGGCCACAGGGACCUGCAGGGGCAAUUGGAGAUCCAGGAUCAUCGGGUAACGAUGGAGUUGCUGGAACAUCGGGACUGCCUGGCGUAGAUGGCAGACUGGGUGAAAAAGGCAACAGAGGUAACCCUGGGACUCCUGGAGCGCCUGGAGAUGAAGGAAGACCUGGUGCCCCAGGUGCCAAAGGAAAUGCUGGUGAAUCUGGAUAUGUUGGACAAUCAGGAGACAGGGGACAACCCGGUAGGAAGGGAGAAUUUGGUGAAACUGGUGUAGCAGGAGGUCCAGGUGAUGCUGGUGCUGAAGGAACUGCAGGAAGAAAGGGACUUAAAGGCAACCAGGGUGCAACCGGUAUUCCUGGCGGUCCUGGAGACGUGGGUGAUAAAGGCAACAAAGGAUAUCAAGGUGUACAAGGUCCACCUGGACUCUCUGGUGCUCGUGGCAACGCUGGUCCUGAUGGCCCAGCAGGACGAAGGGGACCAAGGGGAGCAUCAGGUUUAGAUGGAGCAAAAGGAAAUGACGGUCCUUACGGCGAACCCGGAGAGCACGGAAAACCAGGCGCAGCAGGAUCACCAGGACCGGCUGGACCACCUGGACCGCCCGGAGAGAUGAUCCCGAUAUCAGCUCAAAUUGCUGGCUACAUGACAGUUGGCGGGCUGCAGAAGGGUCCAUCCUACGGUGGCUACCAAUAUGGUUACAAUCAAUAUAGCGGAAAACUUGGAUCCGAAGAAGAAAAAGUUGUCAACAAGGGUGUGAAAUCUUUCAAUGACUACAUAACCCUUUUGAAACACAUAGAGGAAACAAAAUCAUUCAGCGGAACUCAAAGUGAUCCUGCUCGAACCUGUAAAGAUCUUUUCAUGCGUUUUCCUAACAAGAAAAGUGGUGACUACUGGGUCGAUCCAAACGAAGGAUCAAGUGUUGACAAAGUCCUUGUUUUCUGUGAUAGGAACACAAGCGAGACCUGUGUUUAUCCUAAGCAACCGACGAUUGAUAAAGAUCAGUGGCAAACUGGAGGUGACAAGUACAAGUGGGUCAUGCAACAUUUGAUGGGAGAAAUUGAAGGAGUCCUUUACGCUGCUGAAAUACGUCAAAUAAAAGUCUUGAAAUUGUUCAGUACACGGGCAAGACAAUCGGUCAAGUACUUUUGCCAAAACUCUCAUGCAUGGACAAAAGCAGAUGGCAAACUUAUCCGAAAAACUCUUAAAUUCCUAACAGAUAAUGAGAAAGAGGUCCAUGGACAUAGCUUUGAUGCAGAAAUCACGCCAAAGAUCGUUAAUGAUGGAUGCAAGGUCAAGGAUGGGAAAUGGCAUGAGACGGUCUUCAACUUUGAGACAAAAAAUCUGGACGUGCUCCCAAUAUUGGAUGUUGCUGCUCAUGACAUUGGUGAUGGAAAUGAGAAAUUUGGUUUGGAAGUGGGACCAAUUUGUUUUUCAUAGAUAGUUAGAACUAGAGACUGCUCGGUUAUUUAGGCAUACAGUUUCGUGUCUCUUUUAUAAUAUGAGAACGUGGUAGUAAUGAAGGUUUAGGGUUUUUGCAAGCUAUAAUCUUUGCCUUUUGACCUGCCAGCUGUAGAGCUUGACGAAAAUUCCAAUUUUUUAAAAUAGCUCAGGGAAUUAUGUUUUACAAGUUAUCUUAUUUUUAUCGAUUAUGCUAUUGGGCUUUAUGUGUUUAUUUGUAGUUCAAAUUUGUAAAAUGAAUUGUUAUGCCUUA